UCAACAAAAAACAAGGCGCGUCUGCUUCAGAUUUAGAUUCCAUUAUUCCUCUGCAAAAACCCUAGCUUCUUCCCGCCGGUUUAUACAACCAAAUCCAGCGAUAAUUUAUGCGGCUUCGGUGAACUCGAAUUCGAGUUGAGAGUGUAUUUCUGAGGAGUGAAGGAACAUAAGAGAGUUGGCUAGCAGGUGAAACUUCAUUAUAUUUUUUAGGAUGAAUCAUUACAAUCAAGGCGAGAGCUCAAGUGGCCUUUCUAUACUUCCGUUAAAGCGUAGACGUGGUCGUCCUCGCAAAGAUCCGAGCCUAAAGCGUGCACAAGCUGCUCAUGCACCACCUGGUUAUGAAGGAGCAAAAGAAUAUCAUCCCCAGCGAGCUGACCGAGCUGAUGGUGUCAAUAGCAUGGUAGGCCAGGCAGUAAGUGGUGUUGUUGAGGCCACAUUUGAUGCUGGUUAUUUGCUUACUGUUCAAAUUGGAAACUCCACUACAAAGUUGAGGGGUGUUGUUUUUAAACCAGGAAAUUAUGUUCCGGUUACAGCUGAAAACGAUGUUGCUCCUCAUCUUCAAAUGAUCAGGAGAAAUGACGUCCAGCUCCCUUCUGAAAACCGUGGCUGGUCCCGUCGCCAGAAACUUGCUAUCCAAGCUGGAGCACCGGGGCCUUCAAAACGCAAGAGCGGAACGCCACUAGCAGCUCCGUCUGUCCCAACAGUGAGUGUGAGAGGCACUGUUGUUCCUGUUGUGCUUCAACCCACUAGUUUUCAAAAUGGAUUGCCAACUUCAAACCAAAUGCCUUCAGAUGCAUCCAAGACCUCUCAUGUGUUGUCAUUCGGAGAUAAAGAUGUCCAUAUGGCCGAACCCUUAUCCAUGUUACCUCCGGAUAAAUCUAUACCUGUUAGCCAGUUAUUUCUAGGUGCACAACAACCCCACACGAGUCAUCAAAUCUCCCAAGGGGCUGAGCAGAAUGACACCAAUCCAUUCAAUGAAGGAGGCACUUCUGAGGUCAGACUAGGAGAGAAGGAAAAUCCAACUGAAUCAACUGAGAAUGACAUUUCGGGCUCUUCAGAAUCUUCGGAUACUCAAACUGAUAGUGGUAAGGAAGCAACUAAAUCACCAGCAGAAGAUGCAGGCGUAGUGUCGAAGCAAGACACUCAGCCUUUCUCAACUGAGUCAGUGCAGAGUGCUUCUGUAACAAAACCGUUCUUCAACUAUGGAACUGGCAGAAUGACCGAGCUCUUACAGGCUGUCCAGGAGAAUAUGAAAGAUACCCAGACACAAAUUGCUGAACAUCCACCUUCCGGUUCAAAUAAUGACGCCCGUGCAGACAAUGACCCGAAACUGGAAGCCAGUGCUGCUCCAUGAUCGAUAUGCUUAACAUUUAUUUGCACCUGAUUUGCUUACUUGUAUAGCAUAGUUGUGCUGGAGCUCUCAAGCAACUGCGGUGGCCAACAUCCCAAAAGUGUAGAGCAGGAGAUGAAUUUUACAGUGAUGAAAUUUAGGGAUAUGUUUAUGUUUUGUUGUAGAUGCAAGGCCUUUCAUGACCAUUUGUAACUUUGUAUCCUUAUUUUCCAAAAGUUCCUUGUUUUUCUCUCA